UAGCGAAUCGUCGUUCUGUUUGGCAGGAGAGGUACUGAUCGAGAUGUCGGCGGCCGAGGGAAGGAAGACGGCGUGCGUCACCGGAGGGAGCGGCUACAUCGCUGCAGUACUCAUCAAGCUGCUGCUCGAGAAAGGCUACGCGGUCAAGACGACCGUCAGAGACCCCGAUGACAUGGAAAAGAACUCCCACCUCAAGGAUUUGCAAGCACUUGGCCCCUUGGAGGUCAUCGGUGCCCAACUGGACGUGGAAGGUAGCUUCGACAAAGCGGUUUCUGGCUGCGACUACGCCUUCCUUGUUGCUGCUCCGAUGAACAUGGAUCCAGCAGAUCCUGAGAAGGAUAUGAUCGAAGCCGCCGUCCAAGGGACUCUCAACGUGAUGAGGUCGUGCGUGAGAGCCGGGACGGUGAAACGGGUGGUCCUGACGUCUUCGGAUGCCGCGGUGUCCAGGAGGCCGUUGCACGGUGGCGGCCAUGUGCUGGACGAGGGCUCAUGGUCCGACGUCGAGUACCUCAGAACAAACAAGCCACCAAUUUGGGCGUAUGCCGUCUCGAAGGUGCUUUUGGAAAAGGCGGCGAGUGAAUUCGCGGAGGAGAACGGCAUCAGCCUCGUCACCGUGUUGCCUGUGUUCACCUUGGGUGCGGCGCCGCUCUCCAAGGCCAAAACUAGCGUCCCCCUCACCCUCUCCCUGUUGUCCGGCGACGAGACAUUCCUGAACAUGCUGAUAGGCCUGCAAUUGAUCACGGACUCCAUGGCGAUAAGCCACGUUGAAGACCUAUGCCGCGCCAAGGUGUUCGUGGCCGAGAAUGAGUCCUCCUCCGGCAGGUACAUCUGCUGCAGCCACAACACUACAGUCCUGCAGCUCUCCCGUUUCUUGGCAGAGAAGUAUCCACAAUACAAUGUGCAACCUGAACGGUACUUGAGUCGGCUGUUUAAAGUUUGGACUGCUCGAAUGCAGGCACGCAAAUAUUUAUCUUUAUGUGGGUUUAACAACAUCCAAGUAUGCUUAUGUAGCUUUGAUGGAUCCCCGGAGAAGCCGAAAGUGUGUCUGUCGUCUGACAAGCUCAUCGGGGAAGGGUUCGUGUUCAAGUAUAAUGACCUGGGUGAGAUCUUUGACAACCUUGUCGAGUAUGGCAGGACCACAGGGAUUCUUCCCUACUGAUAUAUACGCCAGCUGACGAUCAGUAUGUGAUCGAAACAAAAUAUUGUUGUCUCAAAUACGCAUAAAGCCCCGUUCUUGUGUUUUUGGUAAAAUAAGAUGUUAGUACCCCCGAUGUGUGUCAAAAAGCAAAUUAGAUAGCAAAAAAUCUCGAUCUCUGGGGGUUUUGUAUCACCAAAUAACUUUUAAGAUUAAGAGCUGGCAGU